CUCUCUCUCCGGAGGCCGGCCCGCCGCUCCAGACACAGCGCCAGCGCUUGCUUGCUCUCUUGCUCCUCCCUCGCGCUCUGCUCCUCUCGCUCGCUGCCCUGUGACUGAGACUCACUCGCAGCGCACUGUUGGGCCGAUGCGAGAGGCGAGCGCGGAGCAUUGAAAAGUCGCCGGGUCCAAGUCAAGUCAUGAGUGGGUGAGAGAGAGAGAGAGAGAGAGAGAGAGGUGGCAGAAAUUAAAGCAGCUUUUGCUGAUAAUAAUCGCCCGCGAGGAAGAAGAAAGACCCACAGAACACGCGAAGCUUAACGAGAGACGAGAGCGGAGGAGGAGAUCGAGCGCGAGCGAGAGAGCGAGAGAGCGAGAGAGGUAGAGAGAGGUGGAGAGAGGGCGGAGGGAAGGAGGGAGGGGGCGUGGCCAUGCGCCGGAUCGGCGCAGAAUGGUGUGGAAUCCGGCCGCGCGCGCUCGAGAAAUCGGUGGUUCGUUUUGUGUCUCGGGCGAGAGGAGGCUGCGCAGUGGCUGCGAGCUGAACGAUCGAAUCGAAUGGUCGACGAGGACUGAUUACGGCCCCAUUUCGAGCCCAAGCCGCGUUCGAGCGGAGCUGAGCUGAGCCCCGGGAGGAUUGCAGGAUUGUAGGAUUUUAGGAUUGUAGCAGCAGCAGCAGCAGAGGGGGGAAGGGGGAGUGGAAAGGGAGGGAGCGAAUUGCAGUGGGGGAGUGGGGAUGGACAGGCUGCUGGAGGUGAAGGAGAGCGAGGUGAGGAUCGAGUUCGAGCUGCGGACGAAAUGUCGGGCGACGAUCAACCUCAGGAACCUCAUGCACACGAUGCACGUCGCGUUCAAGGUGCAGACGACGUCGCCGGAGAUGUUCUCGGUCAAGCCGCCAAAUGGAUUCAUCGCGCCGCUGGGCGAGUAUUCCUUCGAGGUCAUCCUCAUGCUGCAGAGCGAAAUGCCCGAGCACUUCCCGCGCAGCAAGGAUAAGUUCCUGGUCAAAUCCGCCAUGGCGCCCGGCGGCGGCCUCACGGAGCGCGUGCCUAAUGAAUGGUUCGCCUCGCGCAAGAAGCACGUCUUCCUCGACGCCAAGCUGCGCGUCGUCUACUCGGGCGCAUUCAUCUUGCGCCACCUCGUGGCCCGGGGCGAGCUCGACCCCGUCAAGUAUCUGCUCAAGCGCCAGAGCGAAGCGCCCAAUCGUCCUGACGAGGGCGGGCGCACGGCGCUGCACAUCGCGGCCGCUGGUGGCCGCGUGGAGAUGGUGCAGGCGCUGCUGGAGGCCGGCGCCGCCGUGGACGUGCUGAGUAAGACCGGGCAGACGGCGCUACUGGAGGCCGUGUACAUGGGGCACUCCGACGUGGUGAAAUCGCUGCUGGAGCGCGGCGCCGACACGGAGGUGCGCAACCUCAUGGGCUGGACCGCCAUCCACCUGGCCGCCUCGUGGAACCAUCUGGACAUUCUGAGCCUGCUGAUCGAGAAGGGCGCGCAGCUGGAGGCGCGCGACUCCGAGGGCCGCACCGCGCUCCAUUCCGCCGUCACCGAGGGCCACGUCGACUGCGUCAAGAUGCUCCUGGACGCCGGCGCCGACAAGGACGCCCGUAGCGUCGACGGCCGCACUGCUGUCUUCCGCGCUGCUGCCAAAGGCGACAGCCUGCUCGUCGAGCUCUUGCUCGAGUGCGGCGCCAGCAAGAGCAUCAAGACCCUCGAGGGCAAGUCUCCCUACGACAUUGCCGUCGAGAAAGGCCACGGAGCGGUGCUGAACGCGCUGGAGCUGGGCGACGGGCUGCUGACGGCGGCGCGCAAGGGGGACCUGGAGGUGGUGCGCAGGUAUCUGGGCAAGGGGGCGCAGGUGGACGCCGGGGACCAGUACGGGUGGACGGCGCUGCACUGCGCGGCCUUCAAGGGGCACGCGGAGGUGGUGGGCGAGCUGCUGGCGCACGGGGCCAGCGUCCAGAGCCGCGACCUGGAGGGCCACACGCCGCUGCAUUGCGCCGUCGAGACCGGGCGCAAGGACGUGGUGCAGCUCCUCAUCGGCCGCGGCGCCGACGUCAACGCCCAGAGCGUCCGCGGCGCCACCCCGCUCAACAUCGCCGCCGCGCUCAAGUACGCCGGCAUCCUGCGCUUCCUGCUGCACCGUGGCGCCGAUCGCGCCCUCGUGCCCUCCCUCGCCCCCGACGGCUGCAUCCCCCUUGACUCCGCCGGCUUCCGGCGCCAUCCUCCUCGCCACACCAGCCUCGUCUUCGUCCAGUAGCCUCCUCCUCCUCCUCUUCGACGAGCCUCUCCUCUCGGCCUCACUCUCGAAAUCUCUCGCCUCCCGAUCCCAUCAGUUCCAUCACUCUCUCCGCUCGAAAGUAGCCACUACUUCCACUCUCACAACGACGAUGACGAAGAAGAAAAAGAGUGGGGCCAACGAGCCGCCGCACAAGGCGGAGAUGAGGAGGCGGAGGAGCGAGAGAUCGGGCUUGGGGUCACAAUACUCACGCGGAAUCGGAGACAGACCCACCAUGAGUGGCAUGGCAUCAUCAUACACGAGGCUCGUCGGCUAGGCGUUCAUCGUCCCCUCCCGUCCCCCUUGCAGAGGGAGAAAGGGAGAGAGAGAAAGAGAGAGAAGUGUAGUUUACUGUACGUGUAGUUUAUCAUGGAGGGACCGUUAAAAUGUCUAGAAGCAUUCGCCUCUUGCUUUCCCGAGGUGGGGGCGACUAGCUGCUCAGAACGACAGUUAAUCGCUCCCUGCAAUCAAUCAUCGAUAUCAGUUGCUCUGAGCUGAGAGGAGAUGAGACCCAGCCCCAGCCCCAGCCCCAGCACCAGCUCGUGGUCGAGCCUGUAGGCGGUCGCCACUGCUACUGCUGCCUGCCAUGAGGCCUAGGGAUCUCUGCCUGCAUGCAUGCUCGAGAUGAGAACAUUGAAUCACAGGGAAAAUUCCAUGUCUCUCUCCCUCUCUCUGUGCAUCAACGAGACCACAGACAGAAUCUUACGCUUGGCCCAGAAGAUGGUCACAUAAUGCCGUAAUUUACAGCCUGUACGAUAUUGUACCUUAGUAAAAAUCCGCCACCCGCUUUUUGUCCUUCCCUGUGUACAUGGAGAGUCUUGCAAUACUGUAAAAACCAACUUUUCCCACACUGUUCUCUUAUAUUUAGAAUAAAAAGUGACGACCACUCCAUCCAGUCCACUCCGUGCUUCCUUUUACACACUCUCACUCACUGU